AUGCCUUGCUUUCGGGAGGCCUUCUCCGUGUACCUGGCAGAUGAUGCCUCCGGAAGCAACGAGAGCUUUGUGGCCUCGACAAGCUCAAAUGAUUUGCAGCUUACCAUUCCGGCGGGCACGCGCGCCGGUGGUCGGUCUUUUUUGCUCGUCUACUGCGAGAACGCACUUGGCCGGGCCACGUCGGGUGCCAGUGUCCACUUCUCCGAUUGGGCCCUCAGCUUGCCCUCCACGACCACGUCCCUAGCAACCACAACAACAUCUUCACAGAGCCUCACGAACACAGUGCUGACCAGUAGGACGUCGACAUCAUCCCGCGCAUUUCUGAGCAGCUCCACAACUUCCUACACAUCCACGACCGCAACGUCGACAAGGCAAACGAGCUCAAGCUUGUCAGUCCUGGUCAGCACAACUACCUUCACUUCCAGCACAACAAACGGUGCUACUCUUCAAUUGCACACCAGCACCACCAACACCGUCACAACGUUUGACCCACUCCUCACUUUUGGCAAUCUGUCCUUCAUAGACUUGGGCUCUGAAGCGUACCAGCUAAAUGGCACUUUUGCUUGGACACCACCAGCAAACACGUCGGAAUAUUUGCACUACAGCGUGUGGCUUCUCACAAGGAAGGACUACUCCACAUCUGUGUAUGAGAUCUUCUUGACCGGAAGCCAGGUGAACGACCCAUCCACACCAGAAGGAGAUGUGCCACUGGGGAAACACGAACUUACCUUCACGCAAACGCGCGACUUGGGUUCCAAUGGUUAUGCCCAGUACUUCGCGGUGAUUCCGAACCGCAAGGAUAAUGACAUGGUCACGUCCUUCAACGAGGCAGGUUUCCUGAGCAUCGUGGACUUUCCGCUCAUGAGUUUAGGAGCACUACAAGUUCAGUCCGUCACGUUCUCGGACGAGGACAGCGUCGCAACAUACAUUGGAGGGCAAGUGACGUGGACUCGCCAAGACAACGUGGACUACGGAUUUGUGGAGGCCUUCUCCGUGUACCUGGCAGAUGAUGCCUCCGGAAGCAACGAGAGCUUUGUGGCCUCGACAAGCUCAAAUGAUUUGCAGCUUGCCAUUCCGGCGGGCACGCACGCCGGUGGUCGGUCUUUUUUGCUCGUCUACUGCGAGAACGCACUUGGCCGGGCCACGUCGGGUGCCAGUGUCCACUUCUCCGAUUGGGCCUUCAGCUUGCCAUCCACAACCGGGACAGGUACCACGUCUGCUGAGACCACACAGACAAGCAGCACUAGCCAGGGCAUGGUCUCCACGUCCACGCAAGCAGAUGAGCUGGGCAGUGAGAACACUUUCGGCAAUCUGUCCUUCAUAGACUUGGGCUCUGAAGCGUACCAGCUAAAUGGCACUUUUGCUUGGACACCACCAGCAAACACGUCGGAAUAUUUGCACUACAGCGUGUGGCUUCUCACAAGGAAGGACUACUCCACAUCUGUGUAUGAGAUCUUCUUGACCGGAAGCCAGGUGAACGACCCAUCCACACCAGAAGGAGAUGUGCCACUGGGGAAACACGAACUUACCUUCACGCAAACGCGCGACUUGGGUUCCAAUGGUUAUGCCCAGUACUUCGCGGUGAUUCCGAACCGCAAGGAUAAUGACACGGUCAUGUCGUUCAACGAGGCAGGUUUCCUGAGCAUCGUGGACUUUCCGCUCAUGAGUUUAGGAGCACUACAAGUUCAGUCCGUCACGUUCUCGGACGAGGACAGCGUCGCAACAUACAUUGGAGGGCAAGUGACGUGGACUCGCCAAGACAACGUGGACUACGGAUUUGUGGAGGCCUUCUCCGUGUACCUGGCAGAUGAUGCCUCCGGAAGCAACGAGAGCUUUGUGGCCUCGACAAGCUCAAAUGAUUUGCGGCUUGCCAUUCCGGCGGGCACGCACGCCGGUGGUCGGUCUUUUUUGCUCGUCUACUGCGACAACGCACUUGGCCGGGCCACGUCGGGUGCCAGUGUCCACUUCUCCGAUUGGGCCUUCAGCUUGCCAUCCACAACCGGGACAGGUACCACGUCUGCUGAGACCACACAGACAAGCAGCACUAGCCAGGGCAUGGUUUCCACGUCCACGCAAGCAGAUGAGCUGGGCAGUGAGAACACUUUCGGCAAUCUGUCCUUCAUAGACUUGGGCGCUGAAGCCUACCAGCUAAAUGGCACUUUUGCUUGGACACCACCAGCAAACACGUCGGAAUAUUUGCACUACAGCGUGUGGCUUCUCACAAGGAAGGACUACUCCACAUCUGUGUAUGAGAUCUUCUUGACCGGAAGCCAGGUGAACGACCCAUCCACACCAGAAGGAGAUGUGCCACUGGGGAAACACGAACUUACCUUCAUGCAAACGCGCGACUUGGGUUCCAAUGGUUAUGCCCAGUACUUCGCGGUGAUUCCGAACCGCAAGGAUAAUGACACGGUCAUGUCGUUCAACGAGGCAGGUUUCCUGAGCAUCGUGGACUUUCCGCUCAUGAGUUUAGGAGCACUACAAGUUCAGUCCGUCACGUUCUCGGACGAGGACAGCGUCGCGACAUACAUUGGAGGGCAAGUGACGUGGACUCGCCAAGACAACGUGGACUACGGAUUUGUGGAGGCCUUCUCCGUGUACCUGGCAGAUGAUGCCUCCGGAAGCAACGAGAGCUUUGUGGCCUCGACAAGCUCAAAUGAUUUGCGGCUUGCCAUUCCGGCGGGCACGCACGCCGGUGGUCGGUCUUUUUUGCUCGUCUACUGCGAGAACGCACUUGGCCGGGCCACGUCGGGUGCCAGUGUCCACUUCUCCGAUUGGGCCUUCAGCUUGCCAUCCACAACCGGGACAGGUACCACGUCUGCUGAGACCACACAGACAAGCAGCACCAGCGAGGGCAUGGUCUCCACGUCCACGCAAGCAGAUGGGCUGGGCAGUGAGAACACUUUCGGCGAUCUGUCCUUCAUCGACCUGGGCGCUGAAGCCUACCAGCUAAAUGGCACUUUUGCUUGGACACCACCAGCAAACACGUCGGAAUAUUUGCACUACAGCGUGUGGCUUCUCACAAGGAAGGACUACUCCACAUCUGUGUAUGAGAUCUUCUUGACCGGAAGCCAGGUGAACGACCCAUCGACACCAGAAGGAGAUGUGCCACUGGGGAAACACGAACUUACCUUCACGCAAUCGCGCGACUUGGGUUCCAAUGGUUAUGCCCAGUACUUCGCGGUGAUUCCGAACCGCAAGGAUAAUGACAUGGUCACGUCCUUCAACGAGGCAGGUUUCCUGAGCAUCGUGGACUUUCCGCUCAUGAGUUUAGGAGCACUACAAGUUCAGUCCGUCACGUUCUCGGACGAGGACAGCGUCGCAACAUACAUUGGAGGGCAAGUGACGUGGACUCGCCAAGACAACGUGGACUACGGAUUUGUGGAGGCCUUCUCCGUGUACCUGGCAGAUGAUGCCUCCGGAAGCAACGAGAGCUUUGUGGCCUCGACAAGCUCAAAUGAUUUGCGGCUUGCCAUUCCGGCGGGCACGCACGCCGGUGGUCGGUCUUUUUUGCUCGUCUACUGCGAGAACGCACUUGGCCGGGCCACGUCGGGUGCCAGUGUCCACUUCUCCGAUUGGGCCCUCAGCUUGCCAUCCACAACCGGGACAGGUACCACGUCUGCUGAGACCACACAGACAAGCAGCACUAGCCAGGGCAUGGUCUCCACGUCCACGCAAGCAGAUGAACUGGGCAGUGAGAACACUUUCGGCAAUCUGUCCUUCAUAGACUUGGGCGCUGAAGCCUACCAGCUAAAUGGCACUUUUGCUUGGACACCACCAGCAAACACGUCGGAAUAUUUGCACUACAGCGUGUGGCUUCUGACAAGGAAGGACUACUCCUCAUCUGUGUAUGAGAUCUUCUUGACCGGAAGCCAGGUGAACGACCCAUCGACACCAGAAGGAGAUGUGCCACUGGGGAAACACGAACUUACCUUUGCGCAAUCGCGCGACUUGGGUUCCAAUGGUUAUGCCCAGUACUUCGCGGUGAUUCCGAACCGCAAGGAUAAUGACAUGGUCACGUCCUUCAACGAGGCAGGUUUCCUGAGCAUCGUGGACUUUCCGCUCAUGAGUUUAGGAGCACUACAAGUUCAGUCCGUCACGUUCUCGGACGAGGACAGCGUCGCAACAUACAUUGGAGGGCAAGUGGCGUGGACUCGCCAAGACAACGUGGACUACGGAUUUGUGGAGGCCUUCUCCGUGUACCUGGCAGAUGAUGCCUCCGGAAGCAACGAGAGCUUUGUGGCCUCGACAAGCUCAAAUGAUUUGCGGCUUGCCAUUCCGGCGGGCACGCACGCCGGUGGUCGGUCUUUUUUGCUCGUCUACUGCGAGAACGCACUUGGCCGGGCCACGUCGGGUGCCAGUGUCCACUUCUCCGAUUGGGCCCUCAGCUUGCCAUCCACAACCGGGACGAGACCCGAUGCAGAGCGGGAGCCUGAGAAGAGAGGGGAGAAAGAGCACGAGCACAAAAGCGACGUCUACUGCUUUAAUUGUUUUCGCAGCGACAGGACCUUCACUUCAACUCAGAGUACCUCAACUGCCGCAAUCGCGACCACCUUCGAAGGAGGGGACGACCAGAUGGCAGCCUCAAGUGUGGCCAUCGUCAUCAUGGGCGUUGUGGGCUGUGUGGCCGGCAUCCUAUGCCUCCUGCCCGCCUGCGGGUUGGCCUAUGGCAUCAAGGAGGGCCGGGCCCAAGCCCAAGGACAUGGAGCCCGCGCUGCCCGUAGUGCCCGCGGCGAGCGGGAGCGCCGAAAGGCGGUGGAGACGACCCGAGUCGAGGCCUGGAAAGAGGCGGCGCCAAAGGCAGUGCCAGCACAGAACACGCUCCAAGGUUUGCGCGGUGGGCGCGCCGUACAUGCCCUGCGUCGCGCGCUGACCCGGUCCCAGCGCACACAGCAGCGACUGGACCUGCAGAACCUGGGCUUCGGCACUUACCUCCCGUCAGGCGCAUCGGGCGCACGUGCUGCACAUGCGCAGCCCGAGGCGGAGCCCGAGGUGAGCGGGGAGGAUGCGGAGGCCUGGGCCUGGACCUUGCGGAAUGCCGGCCGGGCGCGCGAGGCGAGAGCGUGGCCGGAGCCCCACACAGAGCCCCGCCGGGGGCGCACCAUGCGGCCGAUAGGUGGGCCGAUGGCUGGAUGCGAGCUGGAGAUGGAUCUGAGCUUGUUGGAUGCAUAG